AUGUCGGCGGCCAAGUUCGAGAAGAGCCUGGCCGCACUCGAGCGGCGUAUGCGCGAGGAGAUGAAGAUGGAAGUCGCUUCCCUGGCGCAGCGUGUCUAUGAUCUCGAAGAGGAGCUGAGGCAGGGCGGCCGCUCCGCUACCAAGGAGGUGCAGAUUAUCCCGACGCAGGAGGAGAUACUGCUGCCAGGCACUGCCUUCAGCGACGUGCUGCCAGAGAAGGAGGACACCCCGAAGGGGAAGGAUGCUACUCCCGACGGCCAGUGGAUGAUGGAGGCAGCCAACGAUAGGAGGAUGCGCGUGCGCCCCACCAUCGUCGAACCAGAGGUGGAAGAAGAAGACGACGAGGAGCCCAUACCGUUUGCGGAAACGGUGUGGAACGUGGCCUUGGUCUUGGGCUUCACCGGCGCGGGCUGGGUGGACAUCAUUCUAGCCCUGAUCCUGGCUUUGACCAGCACCUUCAUGCAGAUCCUCUUCGUGCUCGUUCUGUUGUCCCCCAGCUUUCUCGGAGAGCCCUUCGAGUCCGAAAUUGCUGUUGCGAGGUCGUGGCGUGCGAACAUCGCCCACGACUCAAAGUACAAGGAUCUUGCCGAGACCAGUUUGGCCUCGAGAGUCUGCAACGGCGAUGGAUCUCUCAUUCAGUCCACGGUGCAGGCCAACCUUCUCAGGGAGAUCGAUGGCUACCUCGGAAUUUCCGCUCUGGCGCCGUUCGAGCCCAGCAACCUGCAGCCCGGCACGAUCCUCUCGGGGCUCUGCAUCCUGCUUUGGUGCAUCUACCUCUGCAGAGAGUUCCGAGCUAUCUGGGUUUCCAUCGAGGCGGCCCUGCAGAUACCGCGAGCGCAUGUCACUAUCUUCAAGACAGGACGCUUCGUAACUAUCACGUGGCGGCGCCUGGGGGUGUACUUGACCCUACGGCUGGCGCGGACGGUGGUGGCGACCUGCCUCCUCUAUGCGGGCAUGCAGUGGCUGGCACGCACCACGAACAUUGCGGACCUGAUUCUCAACGCGGUGGCCUUGGGCGCCAUCCUGGAGAUCGAUGAGAUGAUCUUCGCCUCGCUGUUGCCCAAGAAGAUCCAGGUCGCCAUCUACGAGUUGGAGGCCAUCAACGUGAAGUACUCGCGUACGAAGAGCCAACUGGAAGGCUUCUUCAUCUUCGUCAUGGUGUUCGUCUUGGCCCUGACACCUUUGUUGCUUUGGGUGAUGCCUCUGCAGCAGGCGAUGAUCGCCGUGAAGAAGGAGUACUGCGAGCACAACCAAGACUUCGUCAUGGCCUUCAAUGAGGAGCAGCAGCUGCCCAUCGGAGUUCGCACGGUGCCCUUUGCAAAUUUAUCCGAUUCUUUCAGUCUCGGGGAGCUGGCUGUGGGCGAGCAUGCCAAGGGGAACCUGGCCAACAUGUCAGUGGCCAAGUACAUCUCUUUUGCAGCUGACACGGACAGGGCUGUGCGGUUGAAGCCCUUAGCGAAACUCUGCAUGCAGUACCUGCUUGUCUGA